AUGUCGUCGUCAGGACCGCUCACGUGUCGGCUCAAGUCGGAGGACGUGGCGAGGGCGCUGCUGGCGAUGGUGGAGAAGCAGGUCACAGGGCCGGCAGGCCCAAAGCAGAGCCUCCCUUUCAUUGCUCUGCUGGGGAAGCUGAUUGAUGCUCUGCCACCGUUAGCGGAGCGCCUGGCGCACCAUCAAGCGCCUCUGCUGGAGCAGCUGGUGGCUCUGUUGCGCUACCCGGACGAGGCGGUGCAGGUGGCGGCAUUCUACGCGUGCCGCGGCGCGUGCGGUGGCGGCACAGGCGGCGUGACGUUGGAGGAGCGGUUUCCCGCGCGCCUCCUCCGCACGAUGUGCGCCGCCACGCUCGCCACGCUGGGCGGUGCGCCGGGAACGGAGCUGCAGUUCAACGCCCUCGGUCUGCUCAGGCAACUCCUUCGCGUCGCGCCAUUGGUGUCCGAGCUGAUGCGACCGCUGCCGGACCUGGCCAGGGAACCAUCGCUCACGCACGCCGCUAACGACGAAGCUUCUCUGCCGCUCAUUCUCAAAAAACUGCUGCACUCCGGGGAGGACACCCUUCGCGUGGCGAGCGUGCAGUGCAUGUGCUGCGUGCUCGCCCAGCGGCCCGAGUCGUGCGUCGCCACGUUCCUGCACGCGGACCUGCCAGAGUUCCUAUUCGAGGCGCUGUCGUCCACAAACGAGCUGCUCGUGUGGUCCAUCUACUGCUGCCUCACUCACUUCAUCCAGCACGAGCUCUUCUACUCCAAGUGCCAGAGCGCCUACGGGAUCGAACCCGUCCUGCGGAGCCUGCAGUUCCUGCUCAAGCUCGUGAACGUGGAGGCCCAGAAGCAGGGCUUCUCCCUUCUCGCCGAGAUGCUGCAGAGGCAGCCGGCGAGCAUCAAGAUCUUCCCGAGCUGGAGCACGUACUGCCUGUGCCUGUCGGUGGUACGCGACGGCAUCACGGCCGCCGACAGGGACGUGUGCUCCGUGGCCGCCUGCGCCCUCACCUCCUUCCUCAGGAGCUGCCACUUGGUGGCACCAGUGCCCUACACGGAGCUGAAGGAGCUGAUGAAUGCCCUCCUGCAGAUGCUGCGGGAGAUCUCUCCUCCUUUGAGCCACCGCAUGUCCGCCGCACACAGCAUGCGCUCCGAGGGCGAGACAAAGCUGUCCGUACCGGAGCUGUGCAUUAUCCAAGGGCUGCAGGCCUUCUGCAGCGCAUGCAGGCUGGUGGUGAAGUGCUCCUCGGAGCCUCUGCUGCGGGAGAACCGGUUUGCGGCGCCGGGCGGGCGCGGAGACCUCGGCUCCGCGAAGGAGCUGGAGUGGGCGCUGGUCGGCGGCUGCGACUCCACGUGCAUCCCCGUCGCCAUGAGGAUGUAUGACGCGUGUCCGUCGAAGCCGCUGGCGCUCGCCCUGUUCACGUGCCUCGAUGAGCAACACCAGCUGUGUCCUUCUGCCAUGCGCUACUUCUCUGCCAAGCUGGCGAGCAGCGGGUUCAUCAGAGCCACGCUGGAGGUGAAGGCUGCCUUCUGCCGAGGUCCAAGGGACGACGCCUUGAACCAGGCCUGCUCCAGGUUCCUGCUACGGACGUGCAUGAGCCUCGGCCUGCUGGCCAACGAAGCCUCUCCACCGACGCUGCCGCCGCCACCGCCGCAAGCACCGCUGGCCGACGGAGGGGAGGUGGUGGACGCGUUGGCCCACGGACUGUUGGACGUGGCGCCCACCCCCCGCGACUGCCUGCUGCUCCUGCGGGAGCCGCGCGCCGACCUGACACUACGCCCGGCCCAGCUUGCCGCGAUGGCCGUCCUCUUCACCGCGCUGGCAUACGCCGAUCGGCUGGCGCGUGAGCAGGAGGUGAGCGAGGCCCUGCUGAAUUUCCUCCACCACCUGGGCGAGGGGCCUCCGGUGAUGCCCGCGUCGCUGCACCUUGCGCUGGUGCGCUUGGCGCUGUGCCUCCUCGCCCUGUGCCAGCGCGGAGAGCCGUGCCUGCCUGCGGAUUGGCUGGCGCCCGUGGUGCGGGCGGUGCGUGCCGCCGACUCCCCGGCUGAGCUGUACUCGCACCGGCCGUCGUUCGUGCGCUUCGUCUUCGCCCACGAGGAUCUGGCCGCCCUGCUGGCGCCGCAGGUGCUGCGGUCGUGGCUGCGCCGCCUGCGUCCCACCCUCGCCGCUCGCCAGGCCGCAACCGCCUCCACCGAAUUGACCGAUUCCACCGCCUCCGUCGCUUCUGCCACCUCGAGGGCAUCCGCUGCAUCCUCGUCCUCCUCCGCCGCCGUUGCCGCCGUCCCGAUGAUCAUCGGCUCCGGCUCGUCCAUCCUGGAGGGCGGCACUGACAGAGGGAUCGAGUUCCUGUCGGGGGCAGAGGCCAUGGACGAGCGGAGUCACAUGGCAGCGAUGCUGGCGGUGUUGCAAAAGAGUUUGCACGCCGGCAGGGCCUUGCUGAAGCUGGUGUGCAACGGUGAGCGCGGCGAGGCGGAGAGAGCCCUGAGCCUCACGCGGCGGUGGGCGUGCGCCGCCGCGUGCCGCUCACCCACGCUGCUGCUGCUGUGCUCCUCGCUCCCCGACGUCCUGCAGCGAGCCGCGCAUGGAGACGUGUGCAACCUGCCCCUGAUGCUCGGAGCUCUCUGCCACCUGCAGCUGCAGGGCGCCCUGGAUCACAGCUCGGAGGAAGUCUCCUUCCGGCUGCUCUACCACGUGUUCCGGGUGGUGGAUCGAGUGAAGAGCGCGAAGGCGCCGGUGCUGCUGCCGGCGUUCUCCUUCGUGUACGCGAGCCUGGGCCAGGGAGCGGGGGCCGGCUGGGGCCGCAACUCGGGGGACAGCCGCGCCGUGGCGUUGGCGCUGUCCAGCGAGCGGCUGCUGGCGCUGCUGCAGGAGGCGGUGCAGCCACCGGUUGGCGACGAGUCACCGUGGCCGUCACCGGCGUCGCCGUGCGAGUCGGAGCUGCUGGGCAGCGCUUGGCUGCUGCUCUCGGCGCUGCUCGGGUGCCAGGCGGCGCACGACAUCGAGGUGCGUGGAUGCAUCGGUGUGGAUCCUCUUGUCCUGCUGGCGCCGCUCACCGGGAAGCGAGGAGCGUCUGGGCUGCUGCAAGUGUGCGCCCUGCAGCUGCUCAAGACGCUGCUGGGCUUGGGCUUCGCGUCGCCGCUGCUUCGCAUCCGCACGGCUCCGGCCCCGAGCGACGCUCCGGCCAGCGACGUGGACGCCUCUCUGCGGCCGCUCUCGCUGGACCACAUCACACACCUCGCCAUCGCGCUGGACAGACACCUGGUGCAGCCCCAGGAUGCGCUGGCGCUGGCUGCUGCGAGCUGCCUCUGUGCGCUGCUCGAGUUCACAAGCGAGCGGAGCGGCCCCGUGGCGCACCACCUGGUGUCUCGCGCCUGGUUCCAGAAGCUCCCGAGUAACCUCGCCACCACCGUGCUGAUGAGCUGCGGCAACCCGUCCUCGGCGCUGCUGCUGCUGUCCGUGCUCCUGCGGCACGAGGGGAUCGGCGGGAGCGGCCCGCUGGAGACGCAGAGCUUCAUCGAGCCGCUCCUCCGCCUCGUCCUGCAACGGUCGACCUCCGGCCUUGACCCCGUGACCUGGGACGCCACUGUCGCCCUGCUCACACAGCUGGUGCAAAGUGGACGGGACACUGCUUGGCUUCAGCCUCGCGAGGAAUGGCUUCGGAUUCUGCGGGACCCACAUCCUCACCAGGGCGCCCCCACCGACCUUGUCUCCAUCGGCUCCGUCACCGUCUCCCUCCGCCACCUGGCCGAGUGCACCAGCUGCUGCGACGCGGAGCGCCGUGCCGCCCUGCUGCUACCCCUGCUAAGCUAGCGCCCCGCCGCCGUGGAUCGCGGUGGGGGGAUUGACCCGAUCCGGCCGACGGGGCCGGUCAGAAUGAUCGGUCCGAUGACCGUGGGCCGCCGUGCGCCGAUGAGUGUCCCCGCAUUGUUGCACCAGGUUUUAAUUGAAGGCUGAGUUUACCCAGGGGUAGCUCAGGACUGGUUCGGAUAUCACUCACCGCUGAUGUUGCCCCCCCCCCCCCGUCCCCCAAGCGUGACCGUCGCUGACGCAUUCGCCCACGUCAGGAGAACAGGCCAAGCGUUUCUGUUGUACAUUUGUGGUACGGGUCGAGUGCGUUUGGGUUGUGCGUUUGUGGGGAGCGGUGGUGCAGCGGAUAGCGCCCUGCAUUACGAACCCGGUGACCUGAGUUCAAUUCCCGCUCGCGGCUAAAAUCGAAUAUCUGAACCAGGCCUCCCCUAGUUCAACUCAGCCUUGAAUGAGUACCUGGUGCGGUGUGUAAACAUCAGCACUGGGGAGACACAGGCGGCCAGGCGUGGUGUUGCCCACCAACGACUCCCUCGUGUGCCAUGCUGGCCUUCAAAGGCGCUCACUAACAGCACUUGCUCCAACGUUCCCGCACCUCCGAUUACCACGGUUGUCUACAUAUGGUGCGAAAAAAGUUCAACAUCCAUACAUACAUUAAAGGGCUAUAUGGGGGAUCUUUGUGUGUAUGUAAUAAGUACCUGCAAACAGCAGUCUAUAAGGCUGUGUGGUGGAUGAGUACCUAGUGCAGUAUGUAAAUGCCUAUGCUGGGGAGACAAAGGUGACCGGGCACCAUACUGCCCACACCACUGGCACACUUGCCUUAAAAAGGUGCUCACGAACAAUACUUUCCCCAGCAGUCUGCAAGGCUACGAGAGGAAGCUUUGUUUUUAUAAUCGCGAGCAGAGUGGCGGCACUGUCGGUAGCGCAUUGCACGAUAAUCCCAGCGAUCCGAGUUGGAUUCACGCCUUCAGAUCAUAUCAAUGGCAAGUGUUAUCAACAAUUGCCCUGACCUUCCCCUAGGUGGACUCAGCCUAAAACGGGUUUAAACAUCGACACUGGGGAGACAAAGUGGGUCGGGUGAGUUUUCUGGCCACAGUUGUGGCCUUAAUAGGUGCUAUUUAACAGCACUUGACACAGCAGCUCUUUGUGCUAGUAUUACUGUUUGACACUUCAGAUUUCGCCAAGCCUGGCACAAGUACUUUUGUGAACACCAAAUCCGGCGCAAAUGGUUGGUUCUAUCGUUGUUGUUGUUGUUGUCGUUGUUGUUGUUGUUUACCUUUCGUGCAGUUAAUAGUGGACCUAGCCUUGCACAACGAGUCCUGGUGAUGCUUUAGCACACGUUGUUGAAAAUGGCUCCCGUGUUUUCGUUCUCGUUUAAAAGUGCACCCAGCCUGGCACAACUUAACCUCAUGAUGAGUAUGUCAUUGGGAAAAUGGCUGCUGCUGCUGCUACCGUCUUGUUUUCACCAUGACGUGUCAUGCUGAUUCUCGCAGUGCUUCGGUGAAUGGCCGCGGUUUCAUUAAAAUAAAGUUUCAUCUAUACUUAGUAGUUAACCAGCUGAGAACUCAAGAUCCCACGAUAAGAGUUCUCAUUUGCAGGAGCGACCCGGGGAAUUGGCAGUAGUGGGCGACGAUUGGCACGUGUAAUCCAAUUUGAAUAAUUGCGCCGAUUUUUGUUGAAUUUUGACACAUUUUGGAACGUGACACCGGCACUUAACGGGUUACUCUUCGCGAAAGACGUCACAGGAUCCUUUAACGUCCGCUGUGAAGUAGACGAUGCGUAGUAUUAUUAUUAUGGUUAUUGCAUCCGCAGUAUUAAUCAGGGCGGCCACUGGAUUUGAACCGUGGACCUCUGCAACAUGCGGCGAACGCGCUACCACUGUUGCAGCGUCACCGCCACAUCAACUUUUCCGUGUUGAGGUGGCUGGGUGGGUCAGAGGUCAGAGACAAUGAGCCAGCACCGCUGAGAAUCCUGGAUUUUGUAAUUGUGGCUUCAGCCAAUUGCUGUAAUUAAACUGGGUUCUCAAGUGCAGUGAGUUGAUGGUCUCAGGCCAGUCACUAAAGGACUGCACACACAAACGAAAAAUCCCACGUUAAAUUUGGUUCUGCACUUAAUUUGACUGAAUUCCAGCAGUGAAAUUGAAAAACAUCAGUUGGACCGUUUAGCAAAAACGAACAUUUGUCUCAGCGGCUGGACAGGUGAGAAAGUGCCGCCCUCGCUUAGAAGGGCUCUAUGCUAUCCGUUUCCGGGGAUAGCGUUGUUCACGACACUCACCACCACUCCCCCCCCCCCCCCCCGAUACCACAAUCGGGAUAACUAUUGGAAAUAAAACUUGUUUUUGUCAGGCUUCGGUGUGUUUCAUCUUUAAAGGGAGCACACGAGACGUGCUGGCUCAGGCAAGGAGCCAGCAGCGACGCCGAUGCCACACAUUGAAUCUGGAAGCUUUAAAACGGAUUCACAAAGUGUUACCCAACGAUUGUGAGCCACCUUUUGAUCCACGUGGAACGAGGCACUUCGAGAAAGGAGAGGCGCUGGUUGAUAUGGCUGGUUGCUUAUGAGUGGGGGGCGCGGGGGGGGGGGUAUGCACAGAGCUCAGUGCAGAAAUGUGUUUGUUCAAUGCACAGCAUUUCAGACUUGUUCAAAUCGCCGUCAGUCAUGGUGAAUCUCCGCCGCUGGACGGCUGACGAUGGUUUGAAUGAUAACAUCCGUAAAUGCAUCCGCUGCGGGAGGGAGUCCUCCCCAGUCCCGCAGGGUUCCGCGAUGCGACAAUCCCAUCUGCCCGCACGCGAGCUGAUUUAAUCGCUCCAUCUCUUCAUUGCACGCGCUGUCGGGCACGUUCCGUCCUUUUUUGGCUACCGAAAGAUUUCCUUCGGGGGAAAAUGUUCACCGAUAUGAAGAUGUUGCCGUGUUUCAGUGGUCAUUAAUACUCAACAAAUCACCGUGGUUUGUAAUUAUCGUGUUGGUAUAAAAACUGUUUUACUUUCACCCUCCACCACCCAACAGAAUCAACAUAAACGAAUUAUGUAUCAUGAUAUUGGUUGUG